AUGACACUCUACUAUGCUAUUGUAUUUGCUAUCCUCGCCAUCGAGGUCUUUAUCUUCUUCCUUCUCAUGCUUCCACUACCUCUGCAGUGGCAAAAGAGUGUAUUUCACUGGCUGGCCACAUCACCGACGGUUGCCCAUGCACACUACAUUAUGAGAAUUAUCUUUGGAUUCAUUUUUGUUCUCUUCUUGGAUUCUGUUAACCGGUUAAAGACAAUCAGUGAUACAGUAACAAAUGAAGAAGAAGGAGGUUCUCCUAUUGCUGUCCAUGACAUUCGUGCCGAAGCCAGUAUCGCAGCCAAGAAAUUUUAUGCACAAAGAAAUAUGUAUCUUACAGGCUUCAGUUUACUAUUGCUUAUUAUCCUCAACCGUGUUUAUACCAUGACUCUUGAAAAUAUGAGAUUGGAAGAAAAGGUUAACCGUCUAGAAGAGAUUACUCCUGAUGCUGCCUUGAGACACGUAGACAAGGCUGUCGAUGACGCUACACCAGGCAAGAUGGACUCAAAAUUGGUCGCAGUCAAUGAAGAUGAGAAGAUCGCUGCAGGUACAUCAGACCCCAAGCUUGUGGCCGUUAACAAGAAGAGAGCAUAA